AUGGGCACUCUUACUAUUCAGGGCUUGGAGACUCACCUCCAGGACCUCGGACUGGAGAUUCCCAUCCCAGCGUUUCCCACCGCGAAUAUUAUAAGCAAUCCAGUCGACCUGUAUCGAUGUUAUGUUGCUGAGGUCGUGAAACAGGUAGUCAACUGCAACGAGGACAUUGCGUACAAUUCCAUCCAACGAACACAAGUGUUGGCACAUGGCGACGUGGUGCUGGUUGUUGCGCGCCUCCGCCUCAAAGGGGUCAACAUUGACCAGGUUGCCGUUGACUUAUCAAACAAGUAUGGCCACGAUAAACUUGCUGGUCUGAAAAAUCCCAAGAAUGAAGCCGCUGGCCGAAAGAAAGUAAUUGUGGAGUUUUCUUCGCCAAACAUUGCCAAAGAGUUCCAUGCAGGGCACCUACGCAGUACCAUUAUUGGUGCUUACAUCUCAAAUCUCUACAAGAGUAUGGGCUGGGACGUCCUUAAGAUAAACUAUCUCGGUGAUUGGGGAAAGCAGUUCGGCUUGCUUGCAGUGGGUUGGCAGAAAUUUGGCUCUGAAGAACUGUUUCAAAAGGAGGCGUUGAAGCAUUUACUCGAUGUCUAUGUAAAGAUCAAUGCUCUGUUCAAAUCAGAGCAGGAAGCUAGCAAGAGCGCCAGAGACAAUGGUCAGUACACCUUGGAAAUAGAGAACAGAGGACUUUAUGCUGAGCGGAAUGCCUUCUUCAAAAGAAUGGAAGAUAGAGAUCCAGAAGCGCUCAGCUUAUGGAAGCGAUUUCGCGACAUUAGUAUCGAGCGGUACAUCUCUACGUAUGCACGAUUGAACAUAGCCUUUGAUGAGUACUCUGGGGAAUCGACCGUGCGGCCAGAAACAAUUGAGAAGGUCGAAAAUAUGCUGAAGGACAGAGGUAUUUACGAAGAAAAUGAGGGAUCAUGGGUCAUUAAUUUCGAGAAACAUGGCGCACGCAAGCUCGGUACUGCAGUUGUCCGGAACCGAGGUGGAACGACGACCUAUCUUCUUCGCGACGUCGCCGCUGUUUUGGAGCGUGUGGAAAAGCUCGGGACAGUGAAGCUUCUGAGCGAUAUACUGGAUGAAUGCGGGAGCGCCAUGCACGAGGUUAUGCGUUCUAACGAAGCGAAGUACGCUCAAGUGGCGGACCCAGAAGCUGUGGCAGACGUCGUUGGUAUCACGGCAAUUAUGGCCCAGGACAUGAGUGGCAAAAGGAUCAACAAUUACCCUUUUGACAUUACCAAAAUGACUUCAUUUGAAGGCGAUACGGGCCUUUACCUCCAAUACUCCCAUGCAAGGCUCUGCUCUAUCAUGCGAAAAGCAAACCUAACAGCGGACCAAGUCGCGAAGGCUGAUUUUUCCUUGUUAAAGGAACCCCAUGCCAUCGAUAUACUUCGUCUCAUGGCCCAAUAUCCAGACAUGACGACCCAGGCGUUCAAAACUCUGGAACCAACCACCAUACUCACCUAUCUCUUCAGGCUUACGCACCAGGUUUUGGGGACCGACGAGGCUCCCGAAGUUAUGCUGGCGAGGUCCGCGCUGUACGAAGGGGCCCUUCAGGUACUUGAGAAUGGCAUGCGAUUGCUUGGGUUUACACCAGUAGCAAAGUCAAUGACCAAGAGGACUGUGGGCGAUGCAACAGGAUUGUUCAUGGACACGAACAGGUUUUGCAACGCAGUACCGCACAAGGCGCCAUUUUUCAAGAUAUAUACUUUCGUCUGUGCAACGGCAACUCAGGGGCAUUCCCUGAAUCAGGCUGCUUCAAUACCAAGUGCCGCAAAUGAUGAUGAUGAUUGA